AAAGCUAGAUUCACCAUGGAAGAUGUUAAAAUUCCAGUGAAGCUUUCAAGAAGAAGUAGUUAUAUUGUAAGUUCCAAUUUCAACAACUGUAAUUGAUUCCAACUUCACAUACAACACGUACAAACACCAUACGACGAACAAGCUCAAACACCUCCCUCCUCUUUAACUCUUCUUUUUUUAACUCUUUGCCAGCCCAUCUCUCUGCUGCUAAAUCCCAACCAAACAAACACAAAAAAAAACCAAUCAGUCAAAUAAAUACUUCACCAAUACUCAGUCUCCUUAUUUACUCCUCCUCACUUAGUGACUCAGUCCUCCCCCUUCUUAAUUAAGUAGGAGUACUUUUUUCUUCUUCUCAUCAUCUUGAUUCUUGAGAAAUUAGUAUCCACUUUUUCAUGAGGUUGAAAAGUGAAGUAAAUAAACAAUGAAUUCUUGGGAGAUUGUGUUAUGAGUUUUCAAUCUCUUUUAUUUUAGAGUCUAUAGAAAGAGAGAAGAAAAGCCCAUGUCUCAAUCUUUUCACAAUUAUCUGUUUGGAUGCCAUCGAUUCAAGAACCCAAAAUUUCUUCUACUUGUUAGAUUUUACUUAUUAACAGAAUCAAUAAUUUCAUCUUCUUCUCUUCUUCUUCUUCAUUCUUAUCUACUACCACUACUACAUGUUCUCUUAUUAUUACACCUCAUUCAUUAUCUUCCACAGCUGAAUCUAGGGUUAUUACUGAACUUUAAUGGCAGCUUGUGUUUUACUCAACAACAACAACAACAAUGGUAGUGGUAAUGGUAACGGCAGCAGAAUAGGAGGAGCAAGUGGAAACAGUAACAGCAACAGUGAAGAUAAAAACAACAGCUUUACAUCUUCAAUGCAACAACAACCACAGCAAGACCCAAAGAUGGUGAGAAAAAGAACAGCAUCAGAAAUGGAAGUUCAACUUGAUAAUAAUAACAAUCAGAGAAUUUCUCGCAGACCCAAUACUUCUUUUACAGAAAUCGGAAGAGCUGCUUCAAUGGGUUAUCAUCCUCAUCAUCAUCCUAAUCCUAAUGCUAAUAACAUUGUUUCAUCAUCAGACAAUAACAAUACAAAUUUAAACCCUAAUAAUAAUAAUAUCAAUAUCACUAUCCCAUCCAACCACUCCACUAGUACUACUACUACUUCUUCCAAUAUCUUACCUUCUCCAUCUUUGAAUUCUCUUACGUCAUUCAAUUUUCCAUCUUCCAACUUCACUUAUCUUGAUCAUCAUCAGCAACACCACUCAAAUGUUGUUCUUCCAUCAUCACCAUUACUACCUUCAUUACCUGCUGUUUGUAACUUCUCGGGGUUACCAUUAUUUCCAUCUGAGCAAGAGAAUCGAAUUGUUCAUCAAAACAUUACUUCUUCUGCUGCUGCUGCUCAAAUGGAUGAGAAUAAUAAUAACUCCGCAACAACAGCAUGGAUUGAUGGAAUCAUUAAAGAUUUAAUCAAUACUACAACGAACGUUUCAGUUCCUCAACUUAUCCAGAAUGUUAGAGAAAUUAUCUUUCCAAGUAAUCCUAAUCUUGCUACACUGCUUGAGUUUAGAUUAAGGUCAUUGAUGGUGGAGCCUGUUUUAGAUCAUCAUCAGCAGCAGCAACAACAUAAUAUUAAUACAGAUAACAGAAGGAAAGAAGUCAUGGCUUAUCAAAGACAACAACAACAUCAUCAUCAACAGAUUCCAUUAAGCCCAUUUCCUCUUUCAGAUCAUCCUUCUUCAUCAGCAUCACCACAAAUUCCUUCAAAUAAUAAUCAGUUCUUGAACUGGUCGUUACCAAAUCCAUCAGCCCAAGAUUUGAAUCAACAAUUACAUCACCAACAACAGCAAAAUCCCAUUCCCUCUCAUAUGCCACCAAAACACCACUAUCACCAGCAGCAGCAGCAACAACCACAACCGCAGCAAAAACCAUCACCACCGCCACCACAACAGCAGCAGCAGAUUCCUUCUCCUCCACAACAGCAGCAAAGUUCACCGCAAGCAGUUCCAGCAACAGCUACAACCACUCCACAAACACCAUCACCUUCAGUUACACAAAUAAUAGCAAGAGAUAGAAGAGAAGAAAUGAGACAACAAAAAAGAGAUGAAGAUGGUCUUCAUCUUUUAACAUUACUUCUUCAAUGUGCAGAAUCAGUUUCAACAGGUAAUAUUGAUGAAGCAAACGCAAUGUUACUUGAAAUCUCUGAAUUAUCAACCCCAUUCGGCACAUCAGCUCAGCGAGUUGCUGCUUACUUCUCGGAAGCCAUGUCUGCUCGAUUAGUAAGUUCAGAAAUACAACUCUAUGCACCAUUAUCUAAAGGACCUACACAUAGUCAAAAAGUGGCUUCAGCUUUUCAAGUCUUUAAUGGGAUUAGUCCUUUCGUUAAAUUCUCUCAUUUCACAGCUAAUCAAGCUAUUCAAGAAGCAUUUGAACGUGAAGAUAGGGUUCAUAUUAUUGAUCUUGAUAUCAUGCAAGGUCUUCAAUGGCCUGGACUUUUUCAUAUUUUAGCUUCUAGACCUGGUGGUCCACCAUUUGUUAGACUAACUGGUUUGGGUACUUCCAUGGACGCAUUAGAAGCUACUGGUAAACGCUUGACGGAUUUUGCUGAAACUUUAGGACUUCCAUUUGAGUUCAUUCCAAUAGCUGAAAAGGUUGGGAAUUUGGAUAUUGAGAGAUUGAAUGUAAGCAAGAGAGAAGCUGUUGCUGUUCACUGGUUACACCAUUCUCUCUAUGAUGUUACAGGAUCUGAUAACAACACUCUUUUUCUCUUGCAAAGGUUGGCACCAAAGGUGGUGACAAUGGUGGAACAAGAUCUCAGUCAUGCGGGUACAUUCUUAGGAAGGUUUGUGGAAGCUAUCCAUUACUACUCAGCAAUGUUUGAUUCACUUGGAGCUAGUUAUGGAGAAGAAAGCGAAGAAAGACAUAUAGUGGAGCAACAGUUGCUAUCUAGAGAGAUAAAGAAUGUGUUGGCUGUUGGGGGACCUAGUAGGAGUGGAGAAACGAAAUUUCAGAACUGGAGAGAAAAACUAAAACAAUCUGGGUUUAGAGGAAUGUCUUUAGCUGGUAAUGCUGCUACACAAGCCACAUUGUUGCUGGGAAUGUUUCCUUGUGAUGGUUACACUUUGCUUGAAGACAAUGGAACACUUAAACUUGGUUGGAAAGAUCUUUAUUUGCUUACUGCUUCUGCAUGGAGACCCAUUCACAGCAAUAUUCACAGGUAGAUCCAUUUUUUGUUUUUCUUUUUAUUUCAUUGUAGUAGUUGUGAAAAUUUUGAUGUUUUAAUUUAGUUGCAGUAGUAGUGAUGGUGAGGAUGGAUUAAUAAAAGUUAGCAUUUUUUUUGCGGUUGCUUCAGUUUAUCAGUUUACUUUUCUAAAUAUGAUUUUGAAUUAGUUUUGAGAAAUGGGUGAUUUGUUUACAGCUUUA